AUGGUCUACUUUUAUCAGUCACUACAUGAAGAAAAUACGACCCAUCCUUAUUGGCUGAUAACAGGAAAAGAUAAAUUUGAAAAUGAUUUAUUAAUCAAAUAUGGCUAUAGAGAGUCCAAUAUGAUUUGGUUCCAUGCCGAUAAAUAUUCUAGUGGUCAUAUAUAUUUAAAACUGCAUGACAAAGAUAAGGGAAUUGAUGAUAUUCCUAAGGAUGUUUUAUUAGAUGUUUUACAAUUGUGCAAAUCUUCAAGCAUACACGGUAACAAACUGCCGGAAUGUAGGAUUAUAUACACACCUUGGUAUAAUUUGAAGAAAUCCGGAACUAUGAAUCCUGGAGAAGUUUCCUUCAAAUCUACCAGGUUUGUUCAACGAAUAAUGUGUUAUCAAAGAAAUCAAAAGAUUUUGAAUAGAUUACAGAAAACCAGAGUAGAAGUUGACGAUUUACAUUCUAUUGUUCAAGAGAGUAACUAUUUUAAAAGUGUACAAUGUCUAUUGUCCGCGGCUAAAGCAUCGAAAGAUCCUGAUUUUCUAAUAGAUUAUGUAAAGAAAAACAAAGAUUUUUUAAUUGAACAAGAGAAACUGAAGAAGGUUAGAAAAAAACAGAAAAAGAGGGAAGAACAAGAGUCCCUGUGA